AUGCAACGCAAUGCAACAGCCAAGUCAUACUGUUUACACUCAUACCUCAAGGGUCCCUUUUCAUUAAGGUUAUAUUGCUUUCGGUCCUGGUCGAACAGACCAUUGGCUUCCAAGAGCCUUUCUGCCUUGCACAGAAGCGAAGCUGUGGUCGUCAUGGCGUUAAUUGGAGCUGCUUUGGGAGCCACAGCGCUCUUCAGCUAUAAUCGUGAAAACUUCAAGUUUGACAAGCAGCAGACGCUGUUGAGAGAAACAUUGCGCUUAGAUAUGCAGUUGAAGCGGUUUGCGCUCUUCCGCGACGAUGUUCGGGACCUUGUCACCCUCACUGUGGACAGAAUGGAUGUGUACCAUUUGAUCGGAGCACUGUUCAUGAAGUUUUGUAUCAUCGUUUUCUGCAAGGGGAGGAUCCAAGCAUCAGCUCCGCCCUUUGUUUUGCAGCUCUUUCAGCUCUCCAAUGCAUGCGCUUUCAUGUACCUGCUACUGGCAGUCUGGCUGAGUAUGCAUGCAUCCAUCGCGUCACACAGCUUUGGGGUGAAGAUGUUGACACGUUUCGUGCGGCUGCCUAUCCCCACGCAGAAGCAGCUCACGCUCUUGCAGGCGCGAAGCGUUUGA